CACCUACGAGCGAAGCGAGUAGGUGGACAAACCACCGAGUACUGGCUUACAUAACCCCCUCCGCCCACCGAAUCAAGCAUCACCUCCUCUUCCACACCUCCUCCCGCUUUGCUGUUUACAGCUAGGAGCCAGGGCUCAUUUACUGACAUGCCUCAUGGCAGGGCCAAAUGUAAUGACGGGAAACUAGGAGGGAAAAUAUUGGCACACUCCAUCCUCCUCUUCAUUCCUCCUCUCCCUCCUCCUCUACUAUUCUCCUCCCCUUCCUCUUCGAUAGAGUAUACUGAAAUCGUUGCGCCGUCGUGAAGCUACUCCCGUGUUUACCUCGUCAUCCUUGCCUCAGUGGUGAAGCGCGCUUAUAACCAGCUAUAUACGCCGUAUACCCGCCCUUCAGAGGAGGAAGAGCAAGAGGAGAGCUCCCACCAAACACGCCCACCACCACACCCCUCACCAUGCCUCCCACCUUCCCCUCACCCUCCCUCCCCGCGCGCCUCGCCGCCCGUCUCCCCUCCCGCAUACGCAUCCUCCCCUUCCCCGCCAUUCGCAUCAUCGCCCUCCUUAUCCUAGUCAACGCCCUCCUCUGGGCCGCCAGCGGCGUGGUCAUCCACUACCACCCCUACCUCUCCGGCCCCGCCAUCCUCUCCUACACGCUCGGCCUCCGUCACGCCCUAGACGCCGACCACAUCGCGGCCAUCGACCUAAUGACCCGGCGCCUCGUCGCCUCCGGCCAGCACCCCGUCACCGUCGGCACGUGGUUUAGUCUCGGGCACUCCACCAUCGUGAUCAUAACCUGCAUCGUGGUCGCCGCCACCGCUGGCGCGCUCGAAGACCGCUUCGGCGGCUUUUCGCGCGUCGGCGGCAUCAUAGGAACAGCUGUCAGUGCUGCGGUUCUGAUCCUGCUGGGAAUCGGGAACGGGUAUUUGCUGUUUAGGCUGGUGGAGCGGAUGCGGGCUGUACUGCGGCGGCAGGGGAAAGAGGAGGAAGGGGGAGAUGGGGAGAAGGACGGGUUGUUGACGGCUGCGGGGGGUGGAAUCCUGUUGCGGGUGUUAAAGGGGGUGUUUCGGGUUAUCGAUCGCCCGUGGAAGAUGUACCCCCUUGGCGUGCUGUUUGGGCUGGGCUUCGACACGAGUAGUGAGAUUGCGGUGUUGGGGAUUGCAUCAGUGCAGGGUGCGUCGGGGACCAGUUUGUGGUUGAUUCUGAUUUUUCCGUUGUUGUUUACUGCCGGAAUGUGCCUCAUCGACACCACAGAUGGUGCUUUAAUGAUGACGCUGUACACCACCAGUGGCAAAGCUCGUGAUCCCCUCGCCACGCUCUACUACUCCAUCAUCCUCACCGGCAUAACCGUGAUGGUAGCGAUCUGUAUCGGCACGAUCCAACUCCUGUCGCUAAUCGCCAAUGUGGCGGAGCCAGAGGGGCCCUUCUGGGACGGCCUGGAGACGCUAGGGGAGUAUUAUGAUGUUCUGGGUGGGUGCAUUUGUGGGCUAUUUGUGAUAGGGGCAGUCGGGGGCGUGAUAGCGUAUAAGCCGUGGAGGAGAUGGGUUGCGAAGGAUUGGGAGGAGGAGGAGGUUGUAGAUGAGGGGGGCAGGAAGGAAGCGUGCCCCGAGAAGGGGGAGGGUGGUAUUGGUGGUGGAUCCGGGAUAGAGAUUGGGGAGGAGCUGCCACUUGGAAAGGAUGAGAGCCACCGUGAAUCUGAGGGAGUAGGGAAGGUGGUUCGAGUGGAUUUGCUGGGUGGUGGUCAUGAUGAUAUCGAGCCGGCUGAAGUGCCAGUGAAGGACAGUACCGUCAUUUCUGGAGAGGGCGUUGAGCAGACAAAGAAGGGUUCUACCACCUCCCCUGAGAUUGUUCAGGACUCGCACGAUAUAUCCUCGAGGAGAUGAGGCGUGUUAGAAAUGUAACACAGUGUAACAGUUGUACAAACUAUAUAGCUAAUAAAAUACAAUUAAAAACCGGAC